AUGGAAGAAGCCAUAAAGGCAAUGAACGAGAUGGAUCUCGAUGGACGUUCCAUAACCGUCGAUCGGACCCAGCCCAACCAGCGCUCGGGCAGGGACGCCGGAAUCGAGAUGGGCCCCGUGGAUCGGGUGGUGACUGUUACAAGUGCGGAAAACCGGGGUAUUGUCAUGGAUGACUGGACGGAUGUUUUCCAUUUGCCGAAACUCUUGCCAUUGUUGUCGAAGAGUGUGAUCGAUCAAACAAAAAUUAUCAUCACCAAUAUUGUCCUCAUCCGUCUGUCGGGGCACGAACCAGGCGGCAGAGUUGAAACAUUGAAGCCCCACCGCAUCCUCGCGGUACUUCUCGCGCUCCAGCGCGUAGCCAGUUUCGUCCCCGCCCUCGCCCGUGUACCCGCCGUCCGCCAACCGACAAUACUCAACGUGUCGACCCUUGUAAAACUUGGGAAAACAGGCCGUGUUCCCCUUCCCCUCAGUGGCCGGGCCUACGAACGACGAACCCUGGCUGAGGUACACCACUUUGUCCUCCCCUACGCCUUCCCACACCGGAUCCCACCUCCCGUCCUCGUCCGACAGCCUGUACACCUUCACCCUCCCCUCGUCCGAAAAAACAAACACGCCCAUCAGUCCCCCGUCCUCCGUCCCGACCAGAUAGUGCUCCUUGAUCCUUCCCUCGAGCCGGCCCCUCCGCCUCAUGCACCGCCACCUCACCGAAAGCUUCCCCCCCGCGCGGCCCACGUCGAGCCGGGCCACAUUGCCCCGCUUGUCCACGAAGUGGGCCCGGCCCGCAUGCAUGACGGGGGCCGCGAGGGACACGCGGAAAUCGGGCCCUCCCACGAGGUGCUCGCGGACCUCCCACGCGGCCUCCCCGCGGCGGAGAACGCACGUGUCGAUGGCCGUGGGCGCGGUCGAGUCGCCGAGCCCGAGGACGGUGCAGCCGGGCUCGGUCGGGGGCCCGAAGAAGCCGAAGGUGGUGAAGCCGUUGUCGGUCAUGGGCGGGAGGUGGAUUGUGCGGCGGCUGAACGGGUCGAAGAAGAAGAAGGCGCCUUGGUCGGGACGGGUCAUGAGGAGCCAGCCGUGACGGGAGCAGCGUAUCUCGGAGCCGUGGAGCUCGGGGAAGGAAGUUUGGAAAGUGGAGCCGUUGCAGCCGUGUUUGUGGAAUUUCCACGCGCGGGUGCGGGGGUGGUAGCGCGUGAGGCAGGGAGGCGGUUGGGUAGGGCCGACACGGAGUUGCGCCACGAGCGGCAAACGAGGCUAGCGGAUGGCUGGUCCUUGCCGGGUAGUUUAGACAUUAUCGCGGUCAGGAGCUCCGGGAGGAGUACGGUCCAGUCAGUGGUGGUGGUGGCGGCAGCGGCAUCCUCGUUAUUAAACGACAUGACUGCUCAACUGAACAUCCAAUCUAGGUGA